AUGACGUAAGGACGCUCAUUUCAAUUAAGGAAGUGUAGUCUAAGCGGAGUGUUAACAAUUAAUAUUGUCUCAAUGACUUAUAGAUGUCAAAAGGUUUGUGUUGUCGGUGGGUUUUGGGCACGUGGUUGUGCUUUGAAGAAUUAGAUCUUCAAUAUCAAAUUCCGUAAAUUAGAGUUACAUAUGCCCGCUAUCAUGACCGUAAUUUGUGUAGAUAUUACGCACAUUGGCAAGUAGGUGUCCAAGCAUUUAACUGAUGAACAUGGCAGAACACGGAGCUCAUUUAACUGGGGUUUUUACAGAUGAAGAUAGACCAUCGAUUUUUGAAGUUGUCGCUCAAGAUAACUUAAUGACAGCUGUUAGACCGGCUCUUCAACAUGCUGUAAAGGUUCUUGCCGAGUCCAACCCAGCCAGAUAUGGCUUUCUUUGGCAUUGGUUUGAUGAAAUUUAUGCAGCCCUGGAUCUUCUGCUUCAGCAUCGCUAUCUUUCCCUGACAAGUGGCUCAUUUUCUGAAAACUUUUAUGGCCUAAAACGAGUAAAUGCUUGGAAUAAGAAGGACUUAAUGCGACUAGCUAGUAAAGGACUUCCUAGCAAACUUUACUGGAAAUCCCUUUUCAUGCUAGUCAUGGUUCCAUAUUUGAAGACAAAACUGGACAGAAUUUUUACCCAGAUGAGGGAAGAGGAUGACUAUUACAUACAUCUUCCAGAAUCUCACUGGAAACGUUUUUGUAAGGCAUUUUUAGCUGCUUAUCCAUUUGUUAAUAUGGCUUGGGAAGGAUGGUUUCUCACAUACCAGUUGUUGUAUAUUUUUAAGAAAACAUACCAUCACUCACCACUGCUGCUGUUAGCUGGAGUAAGGCUGGUAAAUCUAAGAGGAGAAGAUAUUCGAGCUUUUGAUAAGAUGCCCUCGUUUGUGUAUCCACAGCAAGGAAGAAGUGUUGCUGAAAAGCUGAAAAGUUUCUUUAGUAAAGCUGUUGGAGGAAUUGCUCUCUCACUGUCAAAUACAUUGUCCAUCAGUGUAUUCUUCCUUCAGUUUCUUGAGUGGUGGUACUCGUCUGAAAACCAGGAUAUAAUCAAAUCACUAACAUCUCAUCCUGCACCUCCCCCACCUGUACACUAUGAACAGAAUGAAACUAUGGCCUUACCAAAAUUAAAGACUGUCUGUCCUCUUUGUCACAGGACUCGAACAAAUGAUGCAGCUCUGGCAACAUCUGGAUAUGUAUUUUGCUACCGCUGUGCUUUCAACUAUGUGAAACGUCAUCAGAGAUGCCCCAUCACUGGCUACCCUACUGAACUGCAACACAUUGUAAAGCUCUAUUGUCCAGAAGGAUGAAAAAACUACAUUCAUAAUUGAUUGUACAUUGUGGAUACUUUAGAUUUGACAGUAAAUUAAUGUAAUAAAAAAAAUGGUAUACAAGGGCCAGCCAGGUUGUUACGCAGUGCAUAAUGACUGCUCCAAUGUCCACUUCUUGGCUUUGAAGUUUUACUCAUCUUUAUUCUUUUUUUUUUUUCCGUAUAGGGUUAUAGAUGACAAUUGUCUUUUACAAGUCCCUUUUAUAUGCUAUAAAUAUUGUAAUAUGGGAUGCAGAGCUAGUUUAACCCCACUGGUAAUGAAAACAUUGAGUAACCAUUGUAAUAAAGUGUUUCUUAGAAAUAAAAAAAAUUGCUGUAAGCAGUGUUCCUA